UUUAUUCAAAAUAGUCUGAUUAAAGUACGAGAUGAAUAUUCAAGAAGCUAUAAGUGCUGUAAAGUGAAUUAGAAAUUACAUCUAUUUAUAUGGCGUAAAUUAUUGGAAUUUUUCACAUUCUUGAAAAUGUGAUUCUGAUUCAAUCAAAAGCAGUUAGAAAGAAAGUGUAUCGCAUUAGCUUUCAAAUGGUAUAAUAACAACCUCAAAAUGUUGAAAAUUUUUGGAUGAAAAUUGUAAAAUACUUUGUCAACUACUGGGGUGUCAAUUAUUGGAAUGUCGUGUCAAUUACUGGGGUUUUUUGGACACUUUUUGAAAUGAUCAUAAAAAUCUCAAAAAUCCACUUACGAAUGUGAAACACAAAUCAAAAUGUAAGGAAAACUGUGUUCUUUUAGAUGUACUUACCAAAGUUUUCAAAAAAAUAUCAACUUGAGCUAUAGAUUGUUUUUUAUCAAAAAGUAUCAAAAAUCUGUUCAACUACUGGCGACUUUACCCUAGUUCAUUCUCAUAGGCAGCAGAAAAUAUUUAUACUCCAUAUUGCAUAACAAAAUGAGCUUCAUGUUUUCAGGUUUGACGUUAUUUUGCGCGAUCGUAGACCUACCGAAGUGUCGAGCAUACGUCAACAGUUCGCGAAGUUAUAACCGGAAUUCCAACCAAAUCUUACUCCUUCAAUUUAAUCGAUAAGCUACUUAUUCAUCGUCCUAUCAUCGUUGGUCAAUGGUCAUGUGCAGACAUUGUUGAAAUGGUGAAGAGCUCCAGUCCUGAGAUGAAAGAAACGAAAGCGCCUUGUAAUGUAUGCCAGAAAAUUCCGUGUAUCUGCUUGCUUUACAGAAUGGGGCAUAACCUGAUGGGUCCAAUGGUAUUCAAUCCUUCAGUACAACCAUGCAUAUCUCCGAUUUACAUGCAAGAUCGAAACUUCUACACGCAGAAUAUGGUUUACCCAGCCGAUGCAAAUUUUCUCUCUUACCCCGGCGUAAAUAUGAUGAUACCAGCCGCUAUUCCGCACGUAUCGCCUUCGUCAUCUUCAUCACCUCCGUCUCCUUCGUCACCUCCGUCGUCUCAAAAUUCACCCACACCUAGCAGACCACGCAGACCUAGUAAGAAAUUCAAAUGCGACUCGUGCGAUAAAUCGUUCGACUACAAACACGUCCUACAAAAUCACCAGAGAACGCAUACUGGCGAGAAACCUUUCGGGUGCAACGUUUGUGGAAACCGAUUCACCAGAGAUCAUCAUUUGAAAACUCACAUGAGACUUCACACCGGCGAAAAACCGUACUCUUGCGAGCACUGCAGUAUGAGAUUCGUUCAAGUGGCCAAUUUAAGAAGACAUCAAAGAAUCCACGGUCCAAUCAAAUGCAAUACUUGCGACGAAGAGUUUCCCGAUUCCGCUCAAUUGCAGAACCAUUUACGCCAGCAUAAUUUGAACCCUGCGGAAGAGUGUAAUAUUUGUAAUGUUAAUCAUCAACCCGGAAAAAAGUGUCCUUUGAGGAUAAACAAGCUACAAAUAAGCGGUACGAACGAUAUCGAUGAUGAUAGCGAUGUUGUAAGUAGCGGAGAUUCGCAAACGUCUGGAGGCUCUGAUCAGCACGUUUCAUACGAAGAUACCGAAGCGGAAGUGCCUCGAGCUUUGGAUUUGAGUACGGUUAGAAUAGGUGUAAGUGGUCCUAUUCAAUCCGAGCCCGAAGAUCUUUCUAUGAAGAAAUUUUUUCGAUAAAUACCUACGAUAAAUAUGUUCAAUACCUACUCAAUCUUUAAUCUUUGCAGUUACUAACUUUGAACUACAAUUUUAUUGUUUUUUUUUUUAUUAUUUUUUCAUAUUUAUUUAUUCUUUUACGUCUUCAUAUUUUAUUCUCUUUUUUUGCGUAUUUUAUAAGUGUUUUUUGAGGGUUGUGAUAUCUAUCUAUUAUUUUGCUAUUUUUAUAUAUUUUCAUAUUAGGUUUUUUAAGUCCAUUUUUUAAAAAAUCAAAAAAUAAUUUCGAGCUCAAAUCUGCUAGAGCUGAAAUAAGUAAAAAAAAAUUGUAUUUCCAUUAUUUUUUCAUUUAGGUACAAGAUAAGUCUUUUUAUGUGUUUGUUGUGAUACUCGUGUUAUUUAUUUCAUAUUCGUACAUUUUUGUACUCAUUAAAUUUUAAGUCAAUUAAACAAAAAAUUCAAAAAAAAAAAUUUCGAGCUUCAAGCCGAUAAAUCCGAAUUCAGUAAAAAAACAGACAGCCAUUUUUAUACUCAUUAUUUUUUUAUUUUGUGUUUCGUGAAUUUUAUGAAUUUUCUUGUUGAGCAUUAUUUAUCAUUGUUUUAAAUAAAAUUUAUAAAAAUUUUA